UCUACUUUUAAUCAACUGUGUACUUUGAGCAUAUAUGUGACAGUUUUUAAUUAAAAUAAGUGAAUAAAACGAUGUUUUAAUUUAAUAAAGAUAAUGUACGUUGACAUUUGUGAAGUGAAGUGGCAUAGAUUAAAUAAACAGAAGUGGUAAAACAUUUAUAAUCUGUAAUGCAAGUGAAAUAUAACGUGUGUUUGAAGAUGCAGUGGGAAGGAGGGGGGGACAAUAGCACAAUCUGAUUGGCUACUGGAUUAUGACGACAAAGUAGUGGACAAACAACCGCAAUCAUGGAUAAAAUGUCGGCAGCAGGUUCAGCGGUGGCGAUGAUAGGGGCCAACCUUCGUUUUGGCUCCGCGGGCGCUACCAACGCAUCUAUUGUGAACAACACGCGGUUAUGCCCACCGGGAGGGGCGGCGAGCGCUGCAGCGCUUCUAGCGUUAUCCAGCCUUGGCAUGUCAGCGAAUUUAGCGCUGAUGGCGGUUAUUUUGAGCAAGAAACAAUUACGGCGUUGGUCACACGGUCUGCUCUUCCAUCAAGCGAUCGUGGAUUGCGCGCGCGCAGCCAUCCUCCUUCCGCUGGGUAUCGCUGUGUUUAGAUGUCAGCCCGUAUAUAAGUGCUCGCUCGUGGAAACGGCUUUCCUAUUAUUGGUAACGGUAUCAACGGUAAAUAUGCUGACAACGGUGCUGAAUGACAGUCCAAUUUUCCCGGAGAACGAAGAGGAGCAAGCUGAUUUAUCGGCACCAUUGCUUAUGGAUAGCCCUCAGUGCGUGCUCUUCGGAACAUUCAUGAUAUGGUUUGCUUCAAUAACGAUCAACUUAGGCCCCACGUUCCUCUCUGGGGCCCUAGCCGCCAGCGCGGGCUCCUACGGUUCUUACGGGCCCUCACCAUCGUGCCCGCUGGUCAGGGGCCCCUUCAGACAUUAUGUACUCAACGCUCUAUGGAUAGGCGUUAACGCUGUGUGCGUGGGUCUUACACUGUUCCAUUUGAAGAAGUUACAUCGUGAUCUCACUAAGGCUAACGUAGAGGCAGUUCGCGUAGCUGGUCUAGUGACCACGCUAGUCAGCAUGGCUGGAGACAACCGCCGGAUGGAUUCUCUACCUAACAGCGUGGGACCAAGGACAGUAGAUGGUACGCUAGCUGACGGCCAGUGUCGGAGUGCGAACCUGCCGCUAGGUGGCGGUCGCCGGCUGAGGGGGUAUCUCGCGCGGGUGGAGAGGGAGGGGGUGCGCAGAGUGCGGAUGUUUCUGGUGAUCACAGCGGCGUACGUUCUCUUCUGGGGCCCGUUGUUUAUUAUCACACUGCUGCAUCACCCAUCGCUAACGUCGCACGUGGCGUAUGAGCUCUACUUCCAAAUCACCCUUCAUAUUUCCUACGUGCAUGCGGCGGUGAACCCCCUUCUGUUUCUGGCUCUGCACCGAGCGCUGCGCCGCGCCGCUCUGCAAUUGUGCUGUGGGUGUUGUGUCCAUUGGAGCCAGUUUGUUCUCGCUCUUACUGCUGCUGCUCAAUCCCCCCUCGCUCCGUCUUCAUUCUCACCGGCUGCGGCGUCCCCCGAACCGCCCCCCGCGCCUCCGCCCCCACUGGCGCCCCCCGCGCCGCCCGCACCUCACCCACACACGAUGAUGAGUUGGGAAGUUGAGGAGUGUGAUGCUGAGAGUAUCUCGAGUGCGCGUGUACAGGGAGACGAGGAUAUGAUGGAGUGGAACGGCAACGUGCGCCGUCCGCGGUCCCCGAGCCCCCUCCUCCCCGCGAUAUGAGCGCACACGCCGCCGCGCGCUCUGCGAUUGGACGUUAGCGUUUGUAGUGGUGUGCGUUAGGUGUUUACACGGUCACUGCGUAGUGAUUAGUGAGUGUAUAGACUCUUCACUUUCUAUCCCGAUGAUUACAGUGUUUUAGUGUUGCACUUGUAGGCUCAUUAUCGAUAUCCUGUAAAGGUUGAGGUUGUUUUUUGAGUUUUUAAGUAUAUGGAAUAGAGAACAUAAGACAUUUCAAUAAA